UUUUUUUUAUUUUUUUUAUUUUUUCGAAAAUAGAGAAAACCGGAGUAAAGCGGCGAGUUUUUAUUUUAUUUUUAUACUGUUAUUCUUGAGUGAUGUACUUGGGCUUUCGGAUUGUAAAAAAAAAAAAUAACUUUUUUUUUUCCCUUCGAAUCCCUUCUUAUUAUGCUUUUUUCCUUUCUUUUUUUUUCGAUAAUGUACAAAUUCAGGGUUUUAGUAAAAAAAAGGGAUCAAACUUUUUACAUUACAUGCAAAGAACAUUUCUUACUUACACAGAAUAAUAAUAAAAAAUACGACUUUUCAUUUUAUUAAUAUCUGCUGCAUAAUAUUUUGAAAUAUUUAUAUAUAAUUAUUAUAUUUAUAUCUCAUUUAAUCCCCCAAAGAAGCGUACGGAAUAUGAAUCUUAUUUUGCUCUUAUGUAACUUUGCAAAAAGAUUAAAAUAAAUAUUCUAUUCCCCCCCCUACCACUACCUCCUCCUCCUCCUACGAUUAUGAAAAUUGUUUAAAUAAACAUAAAGGAUAUGGCUCUACUUUUAUUUUAA